UGUUUGCACACUACCUAUUGCGUCCUCCUCCAACACGCACGUCUUUGCUGAACGCGCUUUUAAAGUUUUUGCAGCUACAGAUAAUAACUUUGGGAGAUUACAACAUGUGACCACGCUGUAGUUUGAAUGUUUUAUUUUUUUCAUUUUCUGCUUGAAUUCUGUUGUUUUUCACUUUGAUGUGAAACUUGUUUAUGAAGCUGUCACAGUAUUACCCAGGUUCAUGUGCACAGUAGUACAUGGACUACAGGUGGGUGAUUAGAGAGAGGGGGGGAGGUGUUUGUCUCGCGGAUUGACGUCAGUCCUCCUGUCUCACACAUGGAUCUGUGCACGGUGUGUCCGCCUCCUGCAGCCCGGGCUCCGCACUGAGACGCUUCAUUCUGACAGCUUUUAUUUUGUUUUGGGUUUUUUACUGAGAGUUGUGCAGAGCCGCGGACCUCCUCUACAACACCAGCUGGUUCUUUUUAAACAUUUAUAUUUCAUUCUCCUCUUGUGGUUCCUGUGGCUCCCAAUGCAAGGAGGCGUGAUGGAGAAAAUGUCCCGACAUCCCAACGCCGGCUUCCUUCCUCCUCCAGCGACGCACGGCGUGCUGAAGUCUCUGCUGGAGACCCCGGUGAAGCUGCCGCUGCAGCAUGAAGCUUUCAGCAAAGAGCAGGAGAAGGAGAAGAACCUGGAGGAGGAGCGCAGCGUCCCCCAGUCAGCCUUCCUGGGCCCCACGCUGUGGGACAAGACGCUGCCCUACGAUGGAGACACCUUCCAGCUGGAGUACAUGGAUCUGGAAGAGUUCCUGACUGAGAACGGUAUCCACUCCAACCCCUCCCAGCACCACCACAACCACAGCCAGCACCAACCACACGCUCCGCCUCGCCGGCCGCCAGUCUUGUCCCGAGCCCCGCCCACGUCGACGCCCUCAGGGAUGGACCUCAGCAACCGCGUCAUCUCGCCGAACUGCCUGCACAGCAGCACCGCGAGAGCAGGCCUCCCCGGAAACCAGAAACACCCCCCAGCCCCGAUCGACCCGGACUCCAUCCAGGUUCCCGUCGGCUACGAGCCGGACCCGACCGACCUGGCUCUGUCCAGCGUGCCGGAGGAGAUGUUCGACCCGCGCAAACACACGUUCUCUGCCGAGGAGCUGAAACCUCAGCCCAUGAUCAAGAAAGCUCCCAAGAUCUUCAUCUCGGAGGACCUGAAGGUAGAUUGGAGCUGGUUGUGA